GAUCCUGGCUGGGCGUCCAUUAACCGCGGUGUGCUGAUAUGUGAUGAAUGCUGUAGUGUACACAGAAGUUUAGGUCGACACAUCUCAAUUGUAAAACACCUCCGACACAGUGCGUGGCCAUCAUCCUUGUUACAGAUGGUGCACACAUUGGCCAGUAAUGGAGCAAACUCAAUCUGGGAGCAUUCUCUUCUAGACCCAGCACAGGUUCAGAGUGGUCGCCGUAAAGCCAACCCACAAGACAAGCUUCACCCUACGAAGUCAGAGUUUAUCCGUGCCAAGUAUCAAAUGCUAGCAUUCGUGCACAAGCUACCCUGCCGUGACGAUGACGGAGUGACUGCCAAAGACCUUAGCAAGCAACUCCACUCCAGCGUGAGGACGGGGAACCUGGAAACCUGCUUACGCCUGCUGUCUCUCGGGGCACAAGCCAAUUUCUUCCACCCGGAAAAAGGGACCACCCCUCUGCAUGUUGCAGCUAAAGCUGGGCAGAUCCUACAGGCUGAGCUUCUGGUAGUAUAUGGAGCUGAUCCCGGGGCCCCAGAUGUGAAUGGUAGAACACCCAUUGACUAUAGCAGGCAGGCGGGACAUCAUGAUCUAGCAGACAGACUGGUGGAGUGUCAGUAUGAGCUGACGGACAGGCUAGCUUUCUACCUCUGUGGGAGAAAACCAGACCAUAAAAAUGGACAUUAUAUAAUUCCUCAGAUGGCUGACAGUUUGGAUUUGUCAGAACUUGCUAAAGCUGCCAAAAAGAAGCUGCAAGCGCUCAGUAACAGACUCUUUGAAGAGCUGGCCAUGGACGUUUACGAUGAAGUCGAUCGAAGAGAAAAUGAUGCAGUGUGGCUGACAACGCAGAAUCACAGCACUCUGGUGACAGAGCGCAGUGCGGUGCCUUUCCUACCUGUUAACCCUGAGUAUUCUGCAACAAGGAAUCAGGGGCGUCAGAAAUUGGCACGCUUUAAUGCUCGCGAGUUUGCCACUCUGAUCAUAGAUAUCCUGAGCGAAGCCAAGAGGCGGCAACAAGGCAAGACCUCAGUGAUCCCCACAGACAACCUUGACUAUUCUUUGAGGAACAACUCCAAUGACUGUGAUGACCAGCAUGACUAUGACAGUGUAGCCUCUGAUGAAGACACAGACCAGGAGCUGCUGAGGAACUCCAGAAACAACAGAGCCAGGAGCAUGGAUUCCUCAGACCUGUCAGAUGGCCCAAUUACUUUGCAGGAGUAUCUGGAAGUAAAAAAAGCCCUUGCAACAUCUGAUGCCAAAGUACAGCAGCUUAUGAAAGUGAAUAAUAACUUAAGUGAGGAGCUACGCCGACUUCAGAGGGAGAUUCAGAAACUGCAGUCAGAGAACUCACAGAUCCGACAUCAGACAGGUCCAUCACCCCCUCCUCCAACAAACCCUGAGCGAGCUGAGCACCCACUACCUGCUGCCCACCGGCGAGACCGGCAAGCCUUCUCCAUGUAUGAGCCGGGAUCAGCACUCAAACCAUUUGGACAAUCCACCGAUGAUCUUAGUAAUCGACUUCAGCCAUUUCACUCAGGGGUAAAUAUAAGUAAAUGA